AUGGGGAGCAGUCUGGUGGGAAGAACCAUCGAAUGAGCGCAACAGGUCUGAGCGUCUCACACUCCGAUAUGACGGGAGGAAUCACGUGGUGUGCCUCGUCCGAGGAUGGAUCCGGUUACGGGCUACCGCGCGAUCUGGGGUCCCAGGACCAAAUGCAAGUAUCCUCCCUCUCCCUUCCCUCAUGAAAUCCUGUGGUGAUUGUUUCGAAGGUCAUUUUUAUGAGAAUGAGAACAAAGUUUUCAAGUGGGAUCCUUCCGCCUAUACAGAAAUUCUUUGCUUGGAACAUGGUAAAUCGAUGACGCCUCUUUCUUCCCCCUCCGAAGAAGGAUAUUGAACCUGGAACAAGUGCUUCCUUCGGAAUUGCGAUUUGAACUCCUGAAAAGACUGCGUCCGAAUGGUCGGAUCGUAUUAGUUUGUGGGCGUGUAUUUGUGAAAUUGGAUGGAUGAUCAGUGAACAUUAAAUGAAUGCGCAGACUUGGAGAGUGAUUGGAGCGUGAGCUCAGUUCUAUGUUAAAAUUAGAUGAUGGCUAGCAGUGUCACCGGAAAAAAAUGAUUCUAUCUUAGCGUCACUUUGAGGUUCAUAUGGUCAUCAUUGCAUUAAAAUAUGAGGAUGAAUAAGUGUAUCAGCGUAUUUUUUAGUUUAUUGAUUGUCUUUCUGCUGAUAACUUCACCUUUUUAUCCUCGCCUUUUAUUCCCUUGAUUCGAAAUAAUACAUUAAGCAUCCUCUAUUUUUGUCAAAAGCCUGAUGGUUUAUUUGGCAUUUAUGCGUUCGCUAUUCAUUUUUUGUUCAAAACAGAACGAAUUUCUCCUGCGGGACAUUGAAGUGAGGGAGAUAACUUUUCAGAAGCUUGAAGCAGAAGUUAAUCGAAGGAAUCUAUCACUGUGCAAGCUGCGUUCUGCUUCCAUUGAACUUGUGAGUUAAAAACACGAUUUCUUGUUUCUUUCCUUUCUAUUUAUGUUUUUCCUGCCAAUAUUUAUUUUAGCAUAGAAAAUGCCUUAUUGACGAGGCAAUCAUUCCACCCGCCCCUUCCCGCCGGUGGUUUCUUCUGCUCUCAUGUCUCCUUCGGCCUCCUCACGCUAAAUUCAAUUCAUGGAUCAGGAUAGGAAAAAAGCUGAUCUCUUCAAUGAGAUCCGAGUGUCACGGGAGAAACUCAAGAAUGAGGAUCUUCAAGGAGCUGUUGAGAGGCUGAAGUCGAUGCUAGGCGUAUUGAAGGUUACACUUGGUGACCAUGAUAUUAUGUUCAUUAUUAUCAUACUCUGAAAGAAGUUAUUGUCUCUUCGUUCGAGUCUGUGCUCAGAUCUAUGUUUUCUCAGAGAAACUUUGUGCUUCAUAACUAUUCUCUACUUAGGUUUUUGUAGCAAGAUAAUUCACUGACUUGGGCAUCUUUCAGGAUCUGGAAAAAUGUGAAUCGGAUUUUCAGUCCUCUUGCAAACAACAGUGUGCGAAUAUGCAAGUAGAACUGGUGGAUAUUGAGAAGGGCAUAAGUGACACUGACAGAAAUAAAGUUGAUGACUCCUUCCUUGAUCGCUCAAUAGCAGAUGCGCAUGAUAAACUCAAUUCAGCUAAGAGGGUAAGAACAUUGUCUUUUGGAUAUACAGGGUUAUAAAAGUUUGUUCUCCCUUUUUUACCUGUAUUUGAAUUUCUUUCAAUUAGGAGACUGAAUGUUAUAAAGUUCUCAUUUUUGUCUUCCAAUGAAUUUCUACAUAAGUCAUCUUAUGUACCUCUAGGUGACCCAUUGAUUCUCUAUUGUAAGUCAGCUUUUGCUGAUAAUCUAGCCUAGGAAAUUUUUGCAUCGGCAAUUUGUUUAUCAUGAACGUAUAGCAAAAACCUGUAGCUUCAUGAGUAGCCACGUACAAAGUGUGAAUCGCCAAUUUCCCUCAUUUUUCAUACAUUUAGAUUACCAAAUGUUCUCAAACUCUCUGUUCCAAAUACAGUUAUCAAAUUGAAGUUUUUGUGUAACUGAUUUAAAUUAUUGCAUAUUUCUAUAUGUAGGCUUUUAAAGCCUUUUUUAAAUAUAUGAUUCACUGGGAAGUUCCAUGCCCCAUACGUCAGGUGAAAAGCAACAUAUUUUGAUUUGUCAUUAAUGUGAUGUCUCAAUGACUAAGAUCUGUGAUUCAGAAAGACUUCGCCUGACUUGUAUGAGCCAAAGUUUUGCGGAUUCUGAUUCGUAAUACCCAUUGGAAUCAGUUAAGAUUCUUGUUUAAAGGUUUUUAGAAGGAAAUGCAAUGUUUUCAAUGACUUUCAUCGCUAUAGGCUCACAUUUUAGUUUGAACUGGAGCAGAAUUGGUAUGAUUCAAUUCAUUUUUUCCUUCUGAAGGACCGUCCUGAUCCUUCAACGUCAUAAGGAAUUGUUUCUUACUUUGAUUCUUUAUGACAAUGAUAUUACCUCGAUGGCCUUUUUCUUUCUGAUCGGAGAUCUGUAUUUCCAUUUUCCCGAUGAUUUUGUUUGUAAACCACUCAUCUGGGUUGUCGUGUUACCCUUACCCUUGAUUGAUGCUUUUUUAGGAACUUGGUGCCAAACGAAGGGCGAUUUUGUCACUAAAACGGCAACUUGAUGAUGUUCCUGUUCAAAGUGAACUGAUUCAGUAUGUUUUCUUCUCGUUAUCAGCGCACUUAUGUCAAUUUUUUUGCCUGUUUACACUCAUGACGUUUAAAGUUUCAUAUAUUCUACUCAUUGAAGAUAUUUUCUCGAAUAUCUUGUCAAGAGAUGUUUAUAAUGAGGCUAUGGAUGUCUAGGAUCUUCUUAUUCUCUACACCAGGAUCCCUGAUUUGCCGGGUACACAGAUACCCCUUGAUUUGAAGCAUGAAUUAUAGAUUCCAAAAUUCUAUCGACUUGAGAAAUGUAUUCUGAGAGUUAAGAUCUGAGUUGGGGUUGCAAAGUUUAGCCAUCUCGUUUUUCACAGUUGUCCAUUUCAUUUGUCAUGUCUUCUCCUUCACGAAGCUGAACAUAAAAUUCCGGACAAAAAAAUAAUCAGAGAAUGGUUCUGUGAUUUCCCUGCGUUUCUCCCUCCCCUUCCCCACAGCCCAACCUUUAGGGUAAAAAACUCGUUGGUUUUUUCUUUUUUUUUUCUCAUCAAGGUUGGUUAAAGCUUUUCAUCACUCCGCAUAUCAUGUCAGUGGUUAAUGACACAUAUUGCUCUGUGUAAGAAGGAAGCUCAUUCUUGCGAACAUGUUUCGUGCCAUUGAGAAUCAAUAGUUUUAAAUGUAACGAUGACGUGUCAAAAUCCAACGUAAAUAUUAUGCAAUAUUCCCCUCGGCCCUUCAUCUGAUCUAGAGUGCAAAUCGAUGACAUUUUAGCAAAGUUGUGGAUCAGUGAGGGCAUUUUUUAUAGUAAAUGCUUCCUCAGUGAAAAAUUCCAUGCGUCCUUAUAUUGGGCUAUGUUGGAAAGCCCUUUUGCAUAUGAAGCGUCCAAGUGGGGUGAUGUUUUUCCCCGGUUGAUUUCCUGCAUCAUAUGCAUGGAACGUUGAGUUUUUGUAUUGAUUCCAUCUCCCCUUCCGUGGUUUUCCUGCUACUGUGAACCGUCUGAGACAGUAGAAACUCGAACACUUGAAUGAUGAACUCUGCAACACAUUAUACAUUUGUUCUCUUUUUAAUUCAGGUAUGAACAUCAGUUUUCAGGGCUGUAUGUUCAUAUUCAGGUAUGGGCUUCUUGCUAAUGUUGUUAACAAACACUUGUGAAUCCAGUGACGCUUUUUAGAACUUGCUUUUCUCCUCGCCUUUCAUCUUCAGGAAAGGCUUCAGCAAACUCGGCAAUACUAUGAUACUUACAAUGCUCUGCUUGAGAUGAAAGAAUUAAUGUUGAAGGAGCUAUCUCUUUUAAAUUCAAUAAGUUCACAGGUUUGUAAGCCAUUGAAUCUAGGUGUAUCGCUGUUGGUGAGAUUAUAUAUUUGUCACAAAUAAUGCAUGGUUUUUCAUUUAUUUAUUUGACUUUACGCUUGUUAAUCAUUAAUGAAGGUUUUUGGUAUCAGUUACUUUGGCUUGGAAUUUUUUUAAAAUUCAGAUCAAGCUGUCGUUGAUAACGGAAGCAUAUAGGUAUCACUUCUUAUUUAAAUCAUGAUUCCUGUUAUUUUCAUUUCCCGUAUAGUUCCAGGAGGCUAUUGUCGACACCACUGGUCGUUUGAAACUCAUGGACUCCAUGGAAGCUAUUUUGAAGGGAACUCAACAGGUAAAGUCUCCCAUGCCCAAUGAAUCAAUGCUGCAGGUUCCUGAACUCGUGGACAAACAAAACCAGAGAUAUAAUUCUUGAGUGAGAAAGUUUCUCAGUAGCUAUAUUUCUAUAUAGAUCAAUAGCUAGAACAGUACUCAAGUAGUUGCUUUUCUCUGGGUUGAAAACUUCUUAUUGGACGAGCCCGUCUCCUGUGACGAUCCAAUGAACUCAGAUCGUCCUUUCUCUGUCAUAUCAGGGAUUUUCUUUUUCAAAAAAUAUGUGACCAAAUAAUUGCCGUCUAUUUAUGCAAGUAGAGGAUAUUAUUUAUCUAGAUAUCGAAUUAUUCUUCCAUUUAUGGUAAAUCAUGUGGAAUUGUGCUUCGGCUUCAUACCCAUUUCUCCUAGGAUUUAUUUUCCUCCCCUUUUUAGAAGCUGAAGAAGGUGGAGGCCGGACUUCACGCAGAGCAGAAAAUCCGCGAUUCGCUCGAGGAGGAGUACUCUGCAGCAGUCACCGAGCAUCGUCGCUUCUCUUCCUUUCUGAAAGCUUCCCAGGUCAGCUCCUUGACUGAUAGGUACCAGUUCAAGGGGAGUCGUGCUUUUGGCAGCCUCUCUCUCGUUCUCUCCUGAUUCUUGGGCUGUCAAUCUGCAGGUGGAACGAGCUAAAAAUGAGAGACUCGGGACCCAGGCCCCCAUCUAG